AUGGAAAUGUGUGAGCGAAAUCCUCUAAAUUCUGGCUAUGUAGGUUCUCUUUUGAAUUUUCCUACCCCGGAGUCUUUAUAUUUCACAAACUUGCGGGGCAAUGGAGCCCAUCAUCCCGCUCUUCAUCAGCUCUCCUAUAACAGGAGGGAGGUGUGCACGCUCCCGUGGACUUCUCCAAGUUCGUGCACAUCUCCACCACAAAGCCGUGCCUUCAGUGGCUACUCUUCGCCGUUUCUACACAAUUCAGUGUCUGUGAAUACUAAUCCAAACAACCACAACAAGGGACCAGUGGACGAGUCAAGUAAAUAUUAUUUUCAGGACGUAAACCACAAGCCAGAGGAAUCUGGCAAACAAGCGUUUUUUGCUGGUGAACAUGGAGUGAUCAGUUCGCGUAACUCGAAAUACGAGUACGCAAACUUGGACCGACAGUCCCAUAAUUCUGCACCACCAAUCCAUCUAAAUUCCACAAAUCAGGGAGUUACUGCCUUUAAGCAAUCGGUCCAUACAAAUACUCCAACGCAACCAUCUGCAAAUAAUGCAUGUUCCCGCGCGUCCUGUUCGGAUGGUGCACCCUGGUGUUCAUCACAAGUGAAACCCAGAAAGAAGAGAAAGCCAUAUACUAAACCACAGCUCGCUGAACUUGAGAAUGAAUUCAUGAUGAACGAAUUCAUAAACAGACAGAAAAGGAAGGAACUUUCCGAUAGACUGGACUUAAGUGAUCAACAAGUCAAAAUCUGGUUCCAGAACCGCAGAAUGAAGAAGAAAAGACUGAUGAUGCGCGAGCACGCAUUCUCUAUGUAUGGAUAGUCAUGUGCUUGAUCGUGACCUCCUAAGGCCCAGGGCCCAGGCAACCACAGCCAUUUCAAAACUGUGUUCAUAUAUUGACCUUGGCAAUAUACAUAUGGUUUGAUAACAUAUAUAGUAAGCUUAAAAAAAAAGUUAUUAUCAUACGACCCCCUAAUGUUGUAAAUUAAAACGGUUUCGUGUGUAUUUUAGCAUGCAAAUUGUCACAAGCGAUGCAUUAUUUCUCAUUGAUAGCCUGUGCAUCUGAGUCGUGUUUUGAAAGAAAUCAUUGAACAUUUGUGUAUUUGUUUUGUUUUGGAAAGCAUGCUCAUUCAAUAUCGUUAUUGUUGACAAAGAUCCAGUAAAAGACUACGAUGACGGAAUAUGCGUAGGCUGUCGCACAUUAUAUUGUGUGUAACGAUUCAGUAUUUUGGAUUGACGAUGUGUUUAUUUCUCGUCAAAUGUAUCAAAAUAAAUGUUAUUUAUGAGUGCAUAAGUAUAUGUUAUGGAGAAAGUAAACAUAGCCUAUCUAGGGUGGAAAUGUUUGUCUGCCUUUCAUGUUGACGUGGACCGGACUGUGUGCUACUGUUUGUAGGUUAACCAUGAAUAACUCUUCCAAGCUCAAGUUCGUAUUUAGCUGUGGAAUUUAGAACUGUGAGAAAUGUUCAUUUAAUUGGUGUGUCAACUGCAUGACUGCUAUAGUUCAGUACAAUAAACUCGU